UUACGAUUUAAAAUUACCCCUUCUAUGUUAAUAUAUUUUAAAAUUUAAUUUAUUUCUGCGAUGAUAAAGCAGCAUCAUUAUUUCAGUCUUCAGUGUCACAUGAUCCUUCAGAAAUAAUUUUAACAUGCUGAUUUGAUGGUCCAAUGAAAAGAGUGACAAUUAUUAAAUUCUGAAUAUUGCUCAACUCUGACAGAUAGGUUGAAAAGCAUUGCAAAAAUCGAAUGAGUUCAAAUGUUUUUAACAUCACUAACUUCAUAAUUCAUGAAUACAUAAUAUAAUUAUGAGUAUGUGAAGCACCUAAUACAUUAUAUCGAUCUGAAAAGUAUCCAUAAAUGCUGUUAUUAAAUACUAGCAAGGUUUUCCGCAGAGCUGACCCGCUGGUAAACGUCUGUUUUGAUAUAAACAGCAAGUCACUGUAGAAGUUAUAUCCCACCCAUGUGACUCUGUAAAAAUAGUCCCGUUUGCACGUGGCCAAGUUCCUACUCGGAUAUCAAAACAAGCCCAGAGAGCAGAAGCAGAAGGCCACUUAAAAGAUCUCAGGCCUUUUAGUGUCUCGACCAAAAGACUUCUGAAAAGCUAGUGUGAAGGCACAAUCAGCUUCAUGUCUAGAAGGAGUCUCAUGUAUAAUCCAAGCUCUCUGCGCUCUUUAGAGCAGGAAAGGCACCAGAUGAGACUGGCUGCCCCGGUUCUCAGUGGCUACCUGCUGAGGAAAGAAGCCUGGGACAGAGGGAUGUCUUCGAGGCAGACCAUGGGAAACCCUCCGAUGGUGUGCCAGGACCCUGUUGUCCAAAAUGCCCUGUACACUGGAAAUGUAAAAGGUGUGAAAGAGAUCUUCUCAAAGGGCUUUCCUUCAGACCUGGUCAUCCAGCCUCAAGGAGGAGUCAUGCGCUGGAGAGCAAAUGGAAAAGUCAAAGGACUGUGGUCACUGACGUACGAACAAGAGCUGACCACGCCACUGCACAUCACCGCUGGCCGGGGUUUCACCGAAUGUCUGCGGCAUCUCCUAAUGCGGGGCGCUCGAGUGGACCUGGCACCUGGGGGAACCACUGCCCUGCAUGAGGCCUGUGAGGAGUGCCAUCCCGAGUGUGUCAAGCUGUUGCUGCAGUACGGAGCCAAUCCCAACGCAACCAAUGAAGAUGGCCAGAUGCCCCUGCACGUGUGCACUGAACUCGAUUCACUUGAAUGUACCAAACAUCUACUAGCAUUUGGUGCUUUGAUCAACGGUCAGAGCUUGGAUGAUAACGACACACCCCUUCAUGUGGCAGCCCGCCAUGGCCUUCCUGAUCACAUGGAGCUCUACUUACGACACGGAGCUGCGCUUAACCUACAAAAUGAUGAAGGAAACACCCCACUGAACGCCGCCUGCUCCCAGCCACAGAACUCCACGUCUCUGGAGCGCUACAGCCGUGUUUGCCACAUGCUGGUGUCUGCUGGGGGGGACGUACAUAUCAGUGACGCGGACAAGCAGACUCCACUGCACAUGGCAUGUAAGAACGCCAACCCUGAUGUGGUGGAUCUGCUGCUGAAGUAUAAAGCCUUGGUCAACGAAAUGGAUUAUGGCGGCGACGCACCAAUGCAUAACAUCCUGAAGGCGGUGGCCUACAAGACGGACCAUGAGCCCGAGAGGAUUGUACAGGCUCUUCUCAAUUACGGAUCCAUCAGGGUGUGGCCUGGAGCUCUGCCCAAGGUGUUGAAAUAUUGCUGCACAUCUCCAAGGACAAUAGAAGUGCUCCUCAACGCAUACGACCGCCUGAAAAUGACUGAAGCCUGGGUAGAAGCUGUACCACCGGAGGUGUUUCAGAAACACCGGGAAUUCUACGAAUCCCUGUUUGCACUGACGCAAACUCCUCGAUCUCUACAACAUCUGGCUCGUCACAGACUCCGAUCGUUUCUGGAAGGUCGCUUGCACAACGUGGUCCCUAAACUGGGUCUACCAACCUUUCUUAAAAAUUACCUAAUGCUGGCAUUCAGAGACUAUAUGCACUGACAGAGACCACAGACCCUGUAUAACACACAGUACAAGCAUGCAGUGAUUGAGUUUAGUACUAUAACGUCAUUGAGUUUUGUUUUAUUCUGUGUGAUUCUGAAUGAUUUGUGUUGGAACAAUGUCCUGUCUUUACUGAAGACGAUACAAUCAGGUGGAAAUUUUAUAGGGAAUCAUUAAAUGGAGGUAAUGCUUAUAA